GGAGACGGAGGUGACGUGAGGAGGUGAGGACUGCGCGGGGGGUCCACAGAAAAAACAGCCCUCACAUUGGAUGUGUGGGGGGGGAUAAGCACACAGCGCAUAAGAGAGCACCAGCCAUAGAGGGCCACCUUCCCGGCACCCAGCAUGCGCCCAGAGACCGCAACCGCGGAGGCACCGAGGGCACCAGCCACAGAACACCACCCACUGGGCACCAGAGCGCAAGCAAACGAUCGCCGCAGCUGAAGGAGGAGGAGGAGGAGGAGGCGGAGGAGGAGGAGGAGGUCCCAAGGCAGGAUCGCCCCAUCGCAGCUCUCAGGGGCAGCGCAGGGAUCCAGCCACGGAGCGCCGCCCGCAGCGCACGAGGGCGACGGCGAGGCACGCGAACCUCGGCGGCGGGCGAGGCGGGGGACUUCGAGGCUCGAGGCUCGGAUCGGUCAUCAUCAUCCGCCACCUCCGUCGCCUUCUCGGCAUCCUCGUCACCCUCAUCCGGAAAAAAUGUGAUCAAGGGCGCAUCUAGAUAAGACAGUCGAAGAUUGGCAUUGGGAGCCUAUCUAAUCCUGCCCCAGCCAUCAAAAUCAGCACGGUCCAUGCAAAACGAGAGCCAUCGGCAAUGUCCAGGGCAUCUAGACACGUGAUUCGAAUCGCACUCGGCGUGGUCACAGUCAGAUCCGUGCUGAUGUGAAACAGAUCCACGCGCCGCCGUUCGGCGGCGCACAGUACGUACUUGGCGUGCAUAAACGACUAGGCACCUUUCCACGUGCUGGCCAGGCUGAAUUCACAUCGCAUGAACCACGUUACAGCUGUCAACGACUGCGACUUGGACGUUGACACCGACAACGGCGACAAUUGACAAGUGUGUGCUCGAUCUCCGCGAACUCUGAAAUCAAAGCCCGCCGCCGCACAGUCGGGACGGCCACCAAGCAGCACUCGUCGGCCCACAUCCAGAUGAGGGGUCAGCUGUCCGAAAAGCAGGGGGCUUGGAAGUGCAUCCGAGUGGUGACCGAAACGCCGGGUAAGCUGCACGCUGCCAGUACCAAAAGCGCAGCGCCAGCGACGCCGCAAGCGUGCACAGGAGCCGCAGGCUUUCGCCGCGGCCCGGCGGGCAGCGGCGGCACGGCUCGCCACGCGCCCGGGGCAGCUCGCGCUGCCACAGCCCCUCCACGCUGCUGCCUGCGCCGCGGACAGGCCGUCGCAGACGCUGGGGCCUGCGCUGGCCCAUCAUGAGAUCCCCGCACGUCCAGCUGCCGCCACCGCUCUUGAGCUGUGCAAGACAUCCCACCGCGACGAGGUUGGCUGGUUCGGGUAAAUUCAGGACACGAAGUUUGCACGCUAGCCGCUUCUGGGUAACGAGCUGACGCGGGAUUGGCUAUCACACAAAAGCAGCGCGGCUCAUCGCCCAGCGGGUCAACGGUGGCCAAGAAACCCUCCGAAGGAUCAGGAGGUGGAUGACCGACGCGCCGUAGAUGCUGUCGACGGUCGACGUUGUCGUCGCUGACUCGCUGACGACAAGAUUCUGCCGACUGAAAAUGUCGACAUAAGCCAAAUUCGAAUUGAACAGCAAGCUCCGCCGCCGUGCCCGCAGCACGAGGGGGGCCACGAACGACUGCGAGCCGUCGCAGGACUAUUCAAAAUUAGACCAGCGACCCUCAACGGCUAGAAGGCUACAAAAGGGAGGCGAAGCUCGACCCCCUCCCUGCUGCGAUGCUGCGCUGGCACGGCGGCGGGGCCUGCCGCGGGCAAGGGCGCCCAGCUUCGCGCUGCGCGCUGCGCGAGGCGCAAGCUCUUCGCGCUCUCGCGCGCCGCCUCCCAGGGGAGAAGGAGGAAGAGGAGGAGCCGGAGCCGAACCGCGAGGCGCGGAGCGCGACUAAACUUCGCGCCCUCGAGGGCGCCCCUGUGGAAGCGGGCAGGCGCGCCGCAGGAACCUCCAGGAGGGGAAGGGAGAGCAGACAGCAAAAAAGGCCGAGCAGAGCCGCGGGCAAGAUCUCAGGCCAUAGGCCAUAGGCCCUAUGUUUGGCUCGUCCAUAAAGAGGCUGACUGGCACAUGCAAUUCUAAAAUAUCAAAUGGAAUAUCACAUGCAAUGUUAAUGAAAUAUCAAAUGAUCAAAUGCCAGGAUGCCUGGCAUUUGAAACAAAAAACUGCGCAAAUGCCUAUCAAACCUGCCGAAUUAAGGUGCAGAUGACAAGGCGCGAGUGUCCCACAGAGACAUCGCGCGCCCACUCAGGAUCGCGAGCCACCGCUGCUGCCUGACACCGUUUGGUGACGCUCCGUGCAAGAGCCGGCUAGCAGCAGCGCUACGCUGGCCUUUAUGUGCAGGAUGAUCUCCGCGUCGCCGCCGCCGCCGUCCGUCGCCCGCAGGUCCACGUCCACGACGUCGGGCCGGCGACCACAGGAGACGCACCGGCGCAGGGGCAGGAGGCACUGCAGGCACAGCCCCCUCGGAGCGCACCCGCGAGCGCACUCCAGCACUCCAAGCUCGCGUCGCGCUCGCAGUGGACGCACUGCAUUCGCGAGGAUAGGGUAGAUCCCGAUCCCUCGAUUAAGGUAGAUCCGAUUGAGGCGCAACUCUACCUUGAGCCAAA